AUGACGGUAGGCCUAGUCGGUGCCUUGCCGACAAUGAUGACAUCAUCAUCUUAUCCGACAGACACUGCUGGCACUGGUGGUGGGGGUGGCAUCUACUGCAGUCGAAAUCCUUGGGGUGGCAAUGGCGGUUGGUGGCCAGGCGUCCGCCAUGCCAAGCUCGUCGGUUGGCACCAGUGGCCCCACCACCUACCGGGCACGGACCUCACCCGCUCCUCACAGCCUAUCCCUCCCUUGCCUCUCUCGACCUCUCCCACUUUUACUGUUGGAUGGAGGACAUCCCCGGCACUCCAAGCCCACCCCUCCACCGCUGCAUCCGUCGCCCUCCUCGAUCUCCUCUCUGCCUCCUUCGCUGAGGGCUUCCACGCCUCCGAGCUCGCCGCCAUCGCUACCGCCUGCUCCAACCUCCUCCACCUACUCGCCCCAUGCAACUUCAACCCCCGCUAUUUUGAGUUCGUCGGCAAUGCCUCCAUCCUUCACCUCGCUGUCACCUGCCCCUGUCUCUCCCUCCACCUCGUCGAGCCCUCCACCCCCUCCCCUGCCUGCCCCAUCCCCGACCCCGCCAACGAUGGCCUCAUCAUCCGCGACGACGUCAGGAUCACCAUCGCUGGGCUAGAAAGCCUCUUCGCCGCAUUCCCCGAGCUUGAGGACCUCGCCCUCGACCUCUCCCACAACGUCCGGGACAUCGGCCUGGCAUUGGAGGCCCUCAGCCACAAGUGCCCCAGAAUCAAAACCUCAAGGUGGCACUUUCAUGGCAUCUGCAGGGCUGCUUGGCUCCUUAUAGAAAAUUCAUGA